AGUGCAGAGACGACAACUUCCAUUUUUACGGCCCGAGGAACGUGAAGAUGCAGUCAUGAGAACAAACAGCCGCCGCCGCCUGAUCCACCGCGACUGCCGGGCAUUUUCCGGACUGUUCCUGCCGGGCUGCAGCCGCCCUGCCGCACCGGGAAAGGCCGGACGGGACGAGCGGGCCCCUCCGCCGCGGGGCGACGCCCAGCCAGUUGGCCACCCCCAGGCCAAACCUCCCGACGACUGUCAGGGUCGCGGGCGCGGACCGGGGUUCGACGGGCCCGCUGACUACGGUGGGCGCGGACCGGGGUUCGACGGGCCCGCUGACUACGGUGAGACAGUCGGCCGGUUGUUCGCCCGUCCCGAAAGCGGAUGAAACCAGAGCGAUCUUCGCAGACGCCAGUUAACUUAUAACGAGAGAGAAAGGCUUUGUAUUAGGCCAUUACUUGCAUGUUAAAGUAGCGAUUGUUGACUAUAUCUAUCAUGUUCAAAGUAGCCCCGAGGCUUGUAACUGUUCUCGCCAUCGUAGUUGGAUGUGUAGAUUUAGACUCGGCAUGUUUUCCUGGGUGCAAGAACACAAAUCAGUGGACAGAUUGCGUCCCUUUCCGCAGGUCACACGGUUUGGGUUUAUAUGUGCGAGGUGCUUGUAUGUUAUGCACCGCGCAGCUACAGCAACAACCCGCGCGUUUUGUGCAGAACUCCUCCCAGCCAACUUCACUGUGCCUUCCCGAUGUACAAGAUGUGGCGGUUAGGGGGUUCAACUUUGGGGUGCUCUCCAUUCAGAAACUACUGCCUCCCCAGAGGUCUUCAGUAAAUAUCAAUACUCUCGCUUUGGUGGAAUGUGGAAUCACAGAUUUAGAGCAGGGCACUUUGGCCGCCUUUCCUUACUUGAGCUCCUUGCAGCUUAAUUCCAACAACUUGACUCACGUCAAGCGAGCCUGGUUCGACGAUUUGAAAUCUACGGAGUUGAUGCAUACCCUGUCAUUGUCCCACAAUAACAUAAGUAUCAUGGAUCCAAAAUGCUUUCAGAACCUUACUUCCCUCUCAACAUUGCUACUCGACAAUAACGCAUUGCAAAGUAUCAACCCAUCUUGGUUUCACAAUCUGAAACGAUUAGGCCAACUGUCUCUGAGAGCAAAUUCCAUAAAAAUCAUUCACCCCCAAGCAUUCAAGCCACUGACAAGGCUUAGCAGGCUAGAUUUGAGCCGCAAUGCGUUGACGUGUCUGUCAUGGGAGACUUUGGACGGGCUACACAAACUAGAAGAGCUGGCAGUGAGUGGGAAUAAAUUGCUUGCUCUCGAUGAUUCUGCUCCAUCGGUGUUGAACUGGCGUUUUGAUUACAAGUCUAAAUUCCAUACCGGCCAGAUCUUUGCAGUUAGGGUUAGCCAAAUGCUUUUCUGUAUCACCAAAGGUCCUAAACUACAGCAAUAUCACGUCCACAUACACCAUAACAGCACCUCAGACCUAGGUCAGUUGAAUCAGGACCAUGUCAAUCGAUGUAGAGCAUUAAAAUUGAAGUUGUCCACAACAAACCAGAUAAAGUAUGAUCUACCAUUUGUAGCCAUGUCAGUCAACACAGAAUCAGACAAACACGUUUCAAACAUCAGCCACUCGUGCACACACGCCUGGGAAGCUGUCGGAGGCGUAAAGGUAGUCUUGGGGGGAGACACUACUCUGCAGAUUGUUCCCAUGGGUGUAGACAAGUCCCACCAACCCAGAAUCAUUGCUGUAGUUGUGUCAGGUAUCCUGGCUAAUGACGACAAUAAAAACAUGUCGUCUGCUGAUGGCCACAGCAGAAAUGUCAGCACCUUUGGUCAUGAAGAAAUGCUGAAUGUGACGUGUCAUGUCGACACCGUCCGGGGGGAGACAUACCGACAUGUCUUCACCGCGCCCGUGUCCAGCACUCCUGAUGGAACUGUCUGUGCAGAAAAGAGGACCAAGAUGGCCACGGAAACACCCGUCACCAUGACAACCAUGGUCCCCCUGAAUCAGACGAUCCCUACCACAAAUGAAACCGUCGCUGUGCCGCCAGCAAAGGAGGGGCACUCGUGCUCUGUAUGGACCAUCACAGUGAUUGCUGUAGUAGUUGUAGUAGGGGUUGAGCAUGUAGCGCUGUUAGUGGCAUGUAUCGUUAGAAAGAAGCGUUGUUCCCGACCGGGCAGCCCACCUGCGCCGGCUGUCGUCUCCCUGAAUCGCUGGUUGCUAGGCGGGACAGGCGGCGUUGCCGUCUCGGUCGCUGCGGCGGAUUCGGCCUCACAGACCACCGCAGGCCAUGAGCAUCAGUACAGCGAAAUUCCCGACGACUUCUACAACCCUUGCUACAACUACUACAACGCAGGGCUAAGGGUGCAAUCUCCUUACUCGGAGAUCCCAGAUGAGUACUACACACAGUACUACAACACACGGCCUUGGGUAGAACAUCCUUACUGGGAAAUUCCCGACGAGUACUACAACAACGAGAACACGCGGCGCCUCUCAUACCCCCUGACUCUCCGGGUGCCCGGUCAAGGCGACGGGGAUGACGCUGUGCCUUUCUACGCCGCUGUAGCUGAGGUGGCCCUUCCUCCAUCAACCCGGCUGGGCGGCAAACAUCCAUCCUACAGCACGGUGCCUCGUACCAGAUCAAUCCCACAGAUACACGCACGGCAGAGGAAGACAAACAUUAGAUCGUACGGCGCGCCUGUAGCGGGCAGGUACAGGGUUAGAGAUAUGGCCGCCGUUGGUAGAUAUGUCCGAGCACGGGGAGCCCGCAUGUCCAGAGCUUGCCUGUAUAACAACCCCUCUGCUAACCGUAACAUACAUUAGCAAACAGGCAGCAGACAAAGGUACCAGGCUGCACACUAGCGCAAACCCUCAAGGACAUGCCCAAACACGGCAUAUCCACAGGUCACAAGUCCCGCAAUCCCAGAUCUAAAGGCGACGUCUUGGUAGAGUAUGAUGAGGACAACACAGACCUCAUUCACAAUGCAAAUCCUGUAGUUGGGGGUAUCUAAGCCGGUAAAAAAAAUCGGGGCAAAUCAUCGCCGACAGAGUAUCUAGGGAGUGUACGCUAUUGAGCAAGCAAGCAAUCUGUUCCAGAGAAAGUUACAUUUAAUGUU